AUGCGGCAAAUGAUCAUAUAUAAUAUGCUUAAGGUUAUGCUUAUGUGCUCUCUUGUGAUUGCAGUUUAUGCCACAUCGGCAAUAAAUCAUAAUCCAGAGGUGGAUGCACCCCAGGAAAUGUCUAAGGAAGGAGCUGCUGAGUAUGAACAGGCAGUAAAACAAACCAAGUUCUAUAAGAAAAUGAAAGGAAUAACUGAUGAAAUAGACAGAACAAUAGAAAGGGCCAGAAAGUAUUUAGCAAGUGGAGACACGAAUAUGUUGAGCCAGGAGAAUAGUAACUACCAAGACUUUUUAGAACAGAACAAUCUUACCCCAGUACAGGAUGCAUACUUAAGUCAAGUUUAUGUAUAUAGUGGGGAUUUAUAUGAUCUAUUAAGUAUUCCAAAAAUUGCAGAAAAUAUUGAGGAUAAGGUGCACAGAAAAAUUGUUAUUAAAAGAGCAUUAAAUAUUGCUGAAUAUGACAUGAGAGAAUGUGAAAUAUGCAUGAGUGUAAACCAUCCAAAUGUUUUGCAAACAUACUUUGUAUAUGAGGCUAUGCCUGAGUCCUACCAAAAGGACAAUCAAACAAUUGUUUGGCUAUUUCAAGAGUAUUUAGAGAAUAAAAUACCAGCAAUAUAUAAUGAGGGCUCCGUGCAGGAAAAAGCACUAAAAAUACAGCACAGGACAAUUAUUAGAGAUGUUGCCCGUGGGUUAUCAUACUUGCAUAAGAAUCGAAUUAUUCAUUUAGAUGUGAAGAUUCAAAACACAGUUGGAACAUACUCAAAGAGUAGGGGAAGAAUUAUUUAUAAAAUAAUAGACUUUGGAUUCUCAAGAAUACUAAACGAAGAAGAACCCUCUAUCCAUAUAAAGAACCGGGCAUUUGGGACAGACCCAUUUAGAUCACCGGAGGUAUAUCUUAAAUCUAUUCAUGGAUAUUCUUCUGAUGUUUGGUGCCUGGGACUGCUAGCUGCGUAUGUAGGAAACAUACAUAUUGCAAGUAACAGGUGGGCAAAGAAGAAGGGUAUUUCAGUCAAUAUUACUGGUGAGCAGAUACCAAUAAAUGCAGAUAUGGGGCAUGUAUACGAAAAGUUCCUUAAUGGCACCAUUAAAAUAGCAAUAGGCCCAGAAUAUCCUGUUAUUUUGGCAGAAUUUAUUAAAGCAUGCACUGUUAGAGACGAAAAAGAGCGCCCUACCGUGGAUGAGCUGUUGGAAAAUCAUCCAUAUUUACAAUCUAACAAUGCUCUAUAUGCAGAAGAAGUCACUGGGGAUGUUGAAAAAUACACAAUUUAACCCGAAUAUUUAAAAUAAAAAUGUGUAUGGA